CCGUCGCCAUGUUUGUAUCCAAUGACAACAUUGCAAAUUUCAUAGGGUCGAUCUGUUUGUGCUGGAAGGUAACGUGCGUCUCAAACAAGAGGUGAAUAAUGGGAGAUUCACCGAUAAAUGUUCCUCGUCUGGAACUUGAUUCCGUCAUUGGUUUUAAUGGUUCAGUUUCAAGUGGACUGAAAGUUCAUCCAGGACGAGAGCACCUAAUUUACCCCCUGGGAUGCACUGUGGUCAUUGAGAAUCUUGCCACCCAGAAGCAAGAUUUUCUUUGGGGACACACUGACAAUGUAUCAUGUGUCACAGUGUCACCCACUGGGAGAUACCUGGCAUCAGGACAAGUCACCCAUAUGGGAUUCAAGGCCGAUGUGAUUAUCUGGGACUUUGAAAGCAGACAAUUAUAUGCCAGACUUACUCUUCAUAAAGUAAAGGUGGAAGACAUUGCCUUCUCUCCAAAUGAAUUGUAUCUCGUUUCCCUGGGAGGUCAAGAUGAUAGCUGUGUGGUGGUUUGGGAUAUUGCCAAAAAGGAGGCCAUCUGUGGACACCAGGCACAGGUCGAGAGCGCUGGAAUCACAUACUGUGCAGCUUUCUCCAACAGAAGUGACGAUGUAUUUGUAACCGGAGGAGAUGGAACCCUGAGAGUUUGGGAACUGGAUAGAGACAACAGGAAAAUCCGACCGACAGAUGUCACCAUGGGUCAGCUCAAAAGAGUGGUUAAAUGUAUACAGAUGGCCGACAACUUCCAAGAACCUUUCUUUUUCUGUGGAACCACUACAGGAGAUAUCAUAGGAGUCAAUAUGAAUACUAAAUUUUUCCAAUUUCUGGGGCCUGAAAAGGAUAAGUUCAGGAGUGGAGUGACCACGCUGUCCCUGAUCAAGUCUGGUCAGUUACUGGUCGGAUCUGGUGAUGGAGAAGUAGCCCUGGUUCAAUUCUUUAACAAAAUAGAGAAAGACAGCAAAAACAAGAAAGGAAAAAUCUGUUUUGAAAAGAAAAGGUCAUGGAGAGAUAGCAAAACUAAGAAGCAGUGUCCAGUGACCUCCAUAGCUCUCAGAGGAGAUGGACAUCAAUUCUAUGUUGGAACUGCCAAUUCUCAAAUUUACCGCUUCAAUUUUGCUGAAUUUAAUUGUGACAAAAGCAAAGAUAAUGCCAAUCAAGGGGCAGAACUCAUUAAGACCUGCCAUUCACAGGAAAUAACAGAUGUUUUCUUCCCUUAUGGAACAGGGGAGCUAAUUGUCACCUCUCAGUAUGAAGAAAUCCGGAUCUGGCAGCUGAAGCUGAAGAAGGAGAUACGCAGACAAGUUGUGAAGAACAUGACCUGCAACGCCAUUGAUCUUACAAGGGAUGGAAAAACCAUUAUCUCUGCUUGGGAUGAUGGAAAAAUCAGAGGAUAUGGAUUUGCUGCAAAGGACAAGAGCACCUCCCUUGUUGAAAAGUUUUUGAUAGAGGAGGCUCACAGUAAGGGAGUAACUGCCCUGGCGUGCAUGUCUGACGGUCUGGGAAUUGUCAGUGGAGGUGGAGAGGGCCAGGUUAGAAUAUGGAAAAUCUCCAAAAGUUACGAUCCCAAAGGUAAAGACAUUGUCUCACUGGUAGAAACCAUGAUGGAACACAAGGGACGUGUAUCAGACAUCAAAAUUACAAAGAAUGAUCAGGAGUGUGCGUCUGCCAGUACUGAUGGAACAUGCAUCAUUUGGGACUUACAACGGAGGAAGAGGAGUCAGAUUGUCUUUUCUAACACCCUUUUCCAAGCCGUGUGUUACGGUGCCAAGGAAUGUCAAAUCAUCACCGGGGGUACAGACAGGAAGAUAGGGUACUGGGAAUGCUGUGAUGGAAAGGUCAUCAGAGAGCUGGAGGGCUCCAAGAGCGGAUCCAUCAAUGCCAUGGAUGUAUCUCCAGAUCAGAACUACUUCGUCACUGGUGGUGAUGACAAACUGCUCAAGGUCUGGACUUACAUGGACGGAGAAGUAAUAUUUGUAGGAAUUGGUCACAGUGCCCCCAUUAAGAAGGCCAAAAUCUGUCCACACCAGAAAUUCAUCGUCAGUGUUAGUGCUGACGGUGCCAUCCUUGUCUGGAAGUUCCCUCUGUAACCCAGCAUUAAACAACUGACUGACCAUUACAAUGACUCAUGUCGAUUAGUGAAACAAAAGAGUAAACUGAACGUUGGGUUAUGACUAUGUUUUACAAUUAACUGAUGCCUUUGUGAAAUGCACAAACAGGCAGGUGAUACUUUAAUGUGUACAAAAAAAGGUCCAAAUGUGCUGAGUAUUUAUUUCAAUGUUCCUGUUUUAUACGUUUAUGUAGUAGUAUGUAUCACAUACAUGUAUGACUAAACAUUUCAUAAAUUGUAUAAUUUUCACAGCUGUGGAGAGACCUCUUCAAACGUUUGCUUAUGCAUCGUAUUUUUGAAUGACCCCUGAUUUGUUUUUUUUUUUAUAAAGUGUACAAAUUUCAUUGACUGUAAACCAAUUAUAUUUUGUUCUUUUCAUAUAAAAUAAAAUGAACAACACUGUA